AUAAGGAAGUACAACACUUUCUGUUCAGGCAAAACUGAGAGGAGGAGGCUAAAAGUAAAUAUGUAACAUAGACAAUCUUUGAUAAGCACAACAGAUGUCACUGUAUUUACUGGUUUGAGAUGGUCUUCCCCCCCCCGGUAUCUUCUAUCUUUUUGCACACACGGUCAAGGCAAGAAGCGAUUUCAAAGUUGUCCCAACUUCGUUUCUAAACCAGACAGUAGUUAGUUACAGGAGCAUGUUUCAUCAGAAUUGCCCGGGUAAAGCAUUUGUCAGCAGAUUGAUUCUUCUACAUGUCCAGUUUAAUAAACGACUUGUAACAAUGUCGAUACCAAACCUCUCAGAAGAAAUCUCGAAAGGACUGAGAAGCAGAAGCAAGUUACAGAUCAAUGCAGACAGGAGUGAAGCAGACUUCAAUGACGUGGUGACAAGCAGCAUGGGGGGUGAAAAAGACCUGGCUGGAAGAAAGUUCACAGAGGAAGAGAUGGACAUCUAUAGAACCCACAGAGAGGCAUGCGAGGCAAAGAAGCAGAUGUAUGUCGACCCUUCCAGUGGGUACAAGGUGUUCACAGAGUAUGCCCACCUUCAGAGAGGGAAAUGCUGUGGCUGUGCGUGCAGACAUUGUCCAUAUGGCCAAGUCAACGUGAAGGACCCUGCACUGAAGAAACAAUUUAAUUCUCUGUUUUAUGUAUAGGCCUAACAUGACCGAGGUAAAAUGCCUGUUUAGAAUGGAACCCAUCAGGUUGCUUGUCUUCUGCCUGUCGUUAUUUGGACUACUUGAGUCAUUUUUUAGCAGUGUACUAAAUGAUGAAAUUUGGGUUCUAUCUGUGCAAGACCUGCCUCCUAUGAAUCACAACUAUUCUCCGGAUUAUUUUCAUUCUCACAAUACAGGGAAGUAGGAGAAAUUAUUUGUUCACUAGAACCUCAUGUAAAUAGUCUUUUAUCACAUUUUGGCUUUGCUUUAUUUUUCUUAUAUUUUUCUCAAAUGUCCAAUGAAAUGCCUUGAGCUUCAUUUUGCAUUUCUCUUUAAAAGUAUUUAAUAUUUUGUGGUAUUCCACUCCUCUGAUGCAUUUACAAGGGUUGUGGGAGUAUGGAGAUGAAAACUGAAAGAGCAUUUUAGAUGUUCGCCCUCAAGAUAAAGGGCAUAUAAGCGAAACUAACUGUAGAUAGUCAGAUGGAGUCUGGUGCUCUUUUGCUUUGCAGCUCUUGUUAUUUUUUUCUCCCAAAUGUACGACUGCAUGAAUAUUAGCAUCAUUUACACUCCACAAGUGCUCAACUGAACUGUCUACCUUUGACUGAAACACAGUGUUGUUAAAAAUAGGCAGAGGCCAAGGGUCAGCCCUUACACAUGGCUGUGCUGCUUUUACACCACUUGAUGGAAUCAGGCUGUUAACAAACAUGCCAUGGACAUCAACAGCAGCCGUCCCCACCGGACUCGCAGCUCAGCCUCCUGGCAACACUUGGCUACAGCGCAGCUCCCUGCGGCUGCUCUCCUGAGCUGCAGCCUAAUGAACUCCUGGGCCCUCUUAUCCCAGCACUGCAAUAGAUCAGCUCAUGUUCACUAGCAUGUUUAAACGCACACAUGCACUGGCAGGCUUUCUCCAUCUGAACACCCUGUGGCUCCUAAUAGGCCAAUAUAGAAUAAAGGUUGCACUAAACGCCGCACUUUGUAGCCCACAGUGAUAGUACAAGGUAAGGUCAAGCGCUCAUACAGAACUACCUGUGCGUGCAAGAGAUGUUGAGGAAAGAUGUGCCACUUGAUUUGUGAUUUGUGAGUGCAUGUGAGUAGGCAGCGCAAUGCCUUCAGGCGCUGGCUCUGAACCUGCCACACACACUCGCCUGUCUCAGCCUGAUUGGGCAAACAGCGUCGGGAUGAGAGGAUCUGUCUGCCGCGGAAUUCUGUUGCAACCGCCUACUGGCGCGACCACAAUUUUCCUCGGCAGGUGGGUCCCAAAGGCAAGUGCUUAGUGAUCGGAGCAAAGCCCUGUGAGCGGCUACAAGGAGAUUCAUGAUCCCAACAGUGCUGGGGAGGACAGGUUCUUGGGGAUGCGUCGUCAGGCGGGAUGAGAGGCGAAUUUAUUUGGUGUUAUUCUAAACCGAGGCAGCGGAGCGUGCGGCAGCAACAUUUCUACAGCGGGACGGUGAAGGUGUCAUACUCAUCAAGUACCUGGGCCCGCUUGCCUGCCGCUGCUCUGCGAGUUUUGCCUAGGGACUUGUCUGUCACAUUAAAGUAGAUGCAUUGCCAUUCAGGGCCUCGGCGGUCCCGCAGCCUGACCAUGAAAUAGGCCAACUUUCAUGUCUGCAUCAUCCCUCCACGUCUUCCCAAUCCAGCGAUGGCACAGUUUGAAAUGUUUUUUUUUUUUCAUCAUGUUCUAGCCUAGCAGUUGGUGACUGAGACACAAACAGCACAGAAAUCCCUUCAACAGAUUUAUGGAGAAAUUUACUUGAAAA